AUGCAUCCUUCUCUUCUCCUCCUCCUCCUCCUCCUCCUCACCUUAAUUCCGCCACUCUCCGCCUCACCGCCGUCGCCCCACCACUCCCACCUCACCAAAAACCGCCUCCACCGCUGGAGGUCCACCACUCCACCCGGAGAAUACAUUGAAGUCACGCGCCCUCUUCCCUCCGACUCCCUCACCCCGUCAUGCACGCUCCCUGUCCUCUCCCACAGCUUCGGUAACACCAUCAACCUUCCCCCCACCAACACCACCUACUCCCCUCCGUCUAAUUGCUCAUGGUCCCGCGCUGUCCUCCACCUCUCUGCCUCCUCCAAUGGAUCCCAGUACGACCGAAUCGCCGCCGUCUGGCUCUCUGGUGCUGAGCUCCUUCGCACGAGCACUCCCGAGCCCACCCCUGAAGGGAUAUUAUGGAAUGUUCGGAAGGAUGUCACUAGAUACUCCUCCCUCCUCCGGCAGUCCAACCUCACUCUCUCUGUUAUGCUCGAAAACAUCGUUAACGACGUUUAUACCGGCGUGUAUAGGGUCAACCUCACUUUCCUUUACUACGACGUGGCCGGUAAUGGUACUACCAAUAAAACCAGCAACCUCGCUUUGUCACUGUUUUUAUCAAAUAGGAAGUCAACCAUCAGGAAAUUGAAAGAUAGCCCACUACCACCGACCUUGAAGAGUUCAUUGGACUUGGAUGAGAAACCGGCAGAUAUGAUUAUCCCUAUAUCUGCUAUUGGAGAUGAAGGCUUUUGGUUCAGAAUCCAGAGCGAAUCGGAUGCAGUUUAUCAGGGAAUUGAAAUCCCAUUGAACACAUACAGAGCAGUGAUUGAGGUUUAUGUUUCGUUUCACGGGAAUGAUGAGUUUUGGUACUCGAAUCCUCCAGAUUCAUACAUUGAGGUGAAUGGGUUGCCCACAGAGAGAGGCCAUGGGGCGUAUCGCGAAGUUGUGGUGAAGCUUGAUGACAAUGUAGUUGGAUCAGUAGUUCCAUUUCCAGUGAUCUUCACUGGAGGGAUCAAUCCUUUGUUCUGGGAGCCUGUGGUUUCAAUUGGGGCUUUUGAUUUGCCUUCUUAUGAAAUCGAGUUGACUCCAUUUCUAGGCAUGUUGCUUGAUGGGAAAGUGCAUUAUUUCGGGCUCGGAGUGGCUGAUGCUAUUUCGUUUUGGCUAGUCGAUGCCAAUUUGCAUUUAUGGUUGGAUGAUAAAGUGGAUAAGGUUCAAGCUGGGCCAAUUAAGUAUAAUUACCCGAGUCGUUGUGUGGAACGCGAGUCUGAGUUCCAACAGCUGGAUGGGAAGUUUGAGAUUGAGGGGAAGAGAGAAACUGAGUUCUCAGGGUGGGUGAAUUCCACUGCUGGUAAUUUUACUACCUAUCUAUGGAGUAAGUUAAAGUUUGAGAACACGAUAAAGUUUAAGAAGAACGGAACAGAAAAGGAAGUGAAGCAGAAAGUAAAGGUGACGAAUGAAGUGAAGGUGGAGUCUGCUUCGGGGGCCUCAGUUUCAAGUAUUACAGUGAAGAGAAAAUAUCCUCUCAAAAUAACAACAUCCACGUUAGCUGGAUCAGGCAAGGGUACGUACUUGAUGAUCACAAAGUCGGAACUUUCGCUGGAGGAGGAGAAGCAAGACGGCAACUUGGAGAGCACUUUAGAUAACAGUCAGAAAUCGAGCGGGUGGAUGUUUGUGCAGGACCAUGAUGUGUUGUCCGGUGCAGCAACUACUUAUCAAAGUUACGUUGUCAAGGAUAGUUUUGGUUGCUUUAAUCGGCAGGUUUUGGCUGAGAAUGGCUCCAUCAAGAAUGACACAAAAAGCUUUCUUUGUGCAAGAGCUUCUUCUUGA